AGUGCCACUCCCCCCGCGAGCGAGGUGUUCGACGAAAUGGCCGGAAGGUAUGCGUCUUCGGUCUUGGCGAUUUCCUUUCAUUUCCGCCAUUAUUCUCGAUAGCUCGUGACUUGUUAUCGUUCGCUAUAGCGGUGGUUCGAACAAUGCAACAACCGAGUUCGUGAACUUGUUGGACACGAACGCGGUUGACAUUGAUCAAGCCCCUUUCGAGCCGUUCGACUACAAUGAAACGGAGGGCGGCGUGGAUGAUCAUGGUUGUGCGGACGAAUUGGAGGAGAUCGAAGCGGAAGCGUAUGAGCAAUCGCAAGAAAAAUCUGGGAAAAGCCAAAGAUCGAAGAACUACACGAUCUUGGAAAGAUCAAGCUUUGAUUCAAGCAUGGAGUGCGGUGUCUCUUGAUGCAUGCACGGGCAUUUCUCAAACUUCCAAGAGAUAUUGGCAAAGAAUCGAAGAUCAAUACUUCCGCAUUAUGGCAAAGCAUCCCAAUAGGACUCCACGCACAUUUCGGUCGCUUCAAGGGCGUUGGGAGAACAUCAAGCCUAUGUGCAGCUUGCUUGGAGCAAGUACGCAAUGCACCUUCAAGUGGCACCGUGGAGUCCGACUAUGACAAGAUUGCUCAACAUAGAUACAAGGACAUGGAAGCUUCGGAAGGCAGAUUUUUCAAACUAGAGCAUUGUUGGGAGUUGCUCCAAAAGUGCGAGAAGUGGAAGUUGAUCCACAAAGAAUCCCCACCAAAGAGAGGCUCACUUACAAACAUGGAUGAAGAUGAGGAUGAUGAUGGCCCAAGAAAUUUGCACAAGCCCGAUGGCGACAAAAAGACUAAGGAGAAGAUCAAGAGAGAGCAAGAAGCAUCGAGCUUGAGGGAGAAGAUUGAAGCCAUGGUGCAAUCCAACGAGUCGAUGUUGUUGAAGUCGUUGGAGAUCAAGAAAGAAUUGGCCGAGAAGAAGGCGAAGGAGAAGCAAGAAGAGUGGCAAUUGCUUAAGAGGGGCUACGCAAAGCUGCCAUCGAGGAGAGAAGAGCACGCGCCGCUGAAAACAAAUCCAUGUCCAUGUUGCUCGCCGAAGAGAACAAGAUCAUGUCAAUGAACCGCAAUGACAUGGACGACCUCACCAAAACAUGGCAUGAUAUGGCAAGGAAGAAAUCUUGAAGAGGAGAAUGGUCGCGUCGGCCGGUCCGUGUUACAGUUUCGGUGAUGUUU